AGGGGUGAGUUUGGUUAUAAGUACUCUGUGGCAGCGAGCGUCGCUUCUAGUCGGUGCUCAUAGCGUCGCCAUGUAGUCAGACUCUCGUUCAACUCUUUGGUGUUGCCUAGCUUGUGCGCUGUGUUGUGAUAACAUGACGGGAUACACAUCUACAUCAUCUUCGUACAAGAUGCGUAACGAAAAGAGCAAGGAGAGUGGCCUGCAUCGCAUCCAGGAGGUUGAACUUGAGAAUGUGGAUCUGAAUGAUGACUAUGAAGUGGAAAGAACUCUGGGCGAAGGUUGUUUCGCCAAAAUUCUGCUGGCUACUCAUCGCAAAACAAGUACUACAGUUGUACUCAAAGCAGUCCACACUGAGAUGUCGACCAUCAAGGAUUUCUAUCGGGAGUUUCACUACAGCUACCACCUCAGCCCUCACCCCAACAUACUCUCCUCAUACCCGGUGGCAUUCCAAUCUGAGGGAUGCUACAUAUUCGCCCAGGAGUAUGCUCAGCUUGGAGAUCUGGCCGGCGUGGUGCGUGCGGGAGGCAUCCCUGAGGAGUCCUGCAAGAAAGUCGCCCAGCAACUGUGUUCGGCUCUCGAAUUCCUGCAUUCCAAGCAGCUGGUACACAGGGACAUCAAGUUGGAGAACAUCCUUGUGUUUGCAGGAGAUCUUUCCAAAGUGAAGCUGUGUGAUUUCGGAGAGACACGGAAGGAAGGCUGUCUUGUGAACAAAGUACGUGGAACAUGGCAUCCGUUCUUGCCUCCUGAAGUGUGUGAAACUGUGAAAAACGAAAGAUUCACAUGUAGGCCAGCUUCUGACUGUUGGCAAGUAGGCAUCGUUCUUUUCGUCUGUCUAACUGGUUGUCCCCCUUGGCAUUCUGCUGAUCUUACAUCUGACACAGACUAUAGUAAUUUCUCGAAAUGGCAGAAAAGAAGAACCACCAAAAUACCUUCACAAUUUCGCAAAUUCACUCCAAGGCUUCUAAGGAUGUUUAGGCGGCUAAUGGAACACAAGCCUGAGAAGCGUGCUUCCAUUACUGAGGUCUACAAGUACCUGAAAGACUCGUGGCUGUUGGAGAAGAAUUCGUCAGGCUCGCCGGUCGAACGCAAAGACUCUACAAAUCUGUACAUCGACCAUGAUGACGACGAUGAUGACGAGGAUGCGCAUCACAUCAACGACGAGAAUAAAGUGAGACUGACCAAACUGCUGAGCAGCUACGGCCUUGAGACCACGCUCGACCAGAAGGCCAUGACGUCGAGGAUCUGGGAGUGGGUGUUGGCAUGUGAAUCGAAUGCUGACACCAAUCUGGAGGGCAUAUAGGAUUGGGAGAAACAAGUCGAGGGCGAAGCUAGCUCUUCCAAUCAGGAGCCGCAACAGGAAUACGCACAGGGCCAACAGUAAACAUGAUUUUAUCAUUCUUUGCAAUACUUUGAAUCGAGAUUUUCCGUAUCUGAAUUUUCACAAGUUCAACAACCAUGAAAUGUCCCAAAAUAAGUAAGGAAAUUAAUCUAAAACUUUCAAUAAAUCAUGAUUUUUAUCAGCCAAGUCAAUUGCCCAAUGGAACAAUGGAAAAGGAUAUCUUGUGAUAGUUCAACAAGGUAAUUUAUAAUGAAAAUCAUCUGAAGAGUUUGAUUACUCCCUGCUGUUAUUAAUAUCUUCCUCAAGUGAUUUAAGCUACAUUCUUUGGAUAACAGAAACAUUAUGUUUUGAAAAGAAACAUUAUGCUUGAAAAAUCUAUUAAGAAAAAUACUAGCAUUGGAAGUGAAUAUUAUAGUUUUCAAAUUAUGCAGUAAUGCGCAUCUACUUGGGUCUACAGUUCAGACAAGAAAAUAAAUUUUUCUCCAAACUAUCAAUAGAAAGAUUAGAGCCUUUUGAUGAUGAUACAAAAUUGGGAUAAUUUUAGGCAAAAUCCAUGGAUUAGCAGUCCUGUAGAUAUUUUCGAUCAACUAUUAAACUUUAUUGCCUGAAGCAAACAUGAAUUAAUAACAUUUGAUAAUUCAGGUAUUUAGAAUACAAUGAUUUUUGUCAGACCUUAUUUGAUGAUCAUUUCCAAUGGAACAAAUAAAUUAUAAAUCCAAAUAUUCUUGUAAUCAAAGCCAAUCAUUGAUUCUUUUAUUUCGCUUAGAGCGAUAUGAACUAUUUUCAGCUGCUCCUGACCCAUUUCGGUCUGGAAAUAACCGUCAAUCUCGAGCUCAGAUUCUCAAAAACAAAUAUUGCAAGAUUUAUGAAAUCAAUUCUCGUAUCACUGCCUCUGACGACUCAACAACUUAAGCGUAUUAUAUUCCGAGAGCUUGGAUAGGAGAAUCCUGUGGAUCCAUUAUCAAUUUGAAUGCUUGAUUAAUUUCGCUUCCAAAUUACUCUCUGAAUAUUCAGUUUAUACGCUGAUUGAGUUGAGCUGUGCAGAUGAGUCAAUUCCACAAUUGCCCACUCCACGUCCUCGGCUUGCAAAAUCGACUUGAUUAUAAAACAAAUAAAGACUAUUCGAAUAUGAAUAUGUGAUAGGUGAUAGGUUAGUACUGAGGUUUUUAUACACCUUAUAGGAGUUGAACAGGGUUAAUGUCUAGUCAAAAAGCUUCCAAUAUACAAAAAGUGAUAACGUUUCUUGAAGGCUUCUCCUCCUACUGCAUUUAGCGUAAUAUUGAGGCCAAAGUUUUGAGAGUACUGAGAAAAUACUUUAAAAGGUGAUUUUUAAGUGUAGAACUGGUAUAACAACAUAAUUAUCAUAAUUAUUCAGUUGAAGUGAGUAGACUAGUAGACCAAUAUGAAUAGUUACCUGUAGAGUAAAUCUCUGUUUUUAAUAGGUGGUGUAUUGUUCCAUCUUAGAUAAUAGCUUACUAUAAUGUCUGCAUAGGGAAUAUAAUCUGAAACUAAUUCUGUUGAUUCACUCGUCUUCCUUAAAUGUAAGAAUUUGAAGAGAUUUCAAGAUUUUGAGAACAAAUCAAUAAUAAAUGAAGACUGUCUAUCAGAAAGAGGAAUAUAUUUAGUGUAUGUAGAUUAGUCAGUGUGUCAGUCUUUUGAAUUAAUCGAUUUAUCUCAUUUCACUCUUAUAAUGCAGAACGCUAUAUUAACGCCUCAUUUGACAUAUAGGCUACGCUUAGAAAAAGUGUUUGAGUUCUUAGACUCAAGAUUCAUUUGUGUAAAAUUCGUGAAGAUUGAGAGAAAUAAACACAUUACCAAGAUUCUUUGUUCAUGAACAUUGGAGUUAAGUGUAAAUUAAUUCAUGUUAUUGUGAAAAAAAUGAUGAUGAGGGAAUUUCGAAUUGAGCUUUGAAUAUAAUAUGUUUCAAUUGCAAUUGACUGAAAAAGUAGAAUAUUAUGAAUAAAUUCAUAGAUAGAUACCGUAUAGUAGAAGAGGUAUUGUAAUGGAAAUAUAUAUAACGCACCAUUGAUUUGAUACUAGUCUUUAGCCAGAAAUGUUUAGGCCUAUGUACCUGUAUUGGUGUAAUUAGUGUAACUGAUCUCAAGACUAGUCUAGUGUAGUAGUUACUCGUCAUAAUAUAUUGAAAGUAGUUGCAAACCAGCGUAGUAUUAUCCCAUUAGAUAAAAAAUGUUAUACCAACUGUAAAUAGUAGUUUUUAGAAAUAUGUACAAUAUUGAUGUGUAUAGAAUUUGAUGUUGAUACUAUUUUUUAUUUAUUAUGUGUGUAGUUUAUUACAAGUUUAAUGAAAA